CAGAAGCCACUGAAGACCAUGUGCUUUUCGGUUGAAGGAAACCCCACUCUCAAUACCAACCACCUUGAGGAACUCAAUAUAAUGGAGAAUCCCAAUCACAGAGUGGUGUUAAGACAAUCUUAUGGAGGGUGUGUGCUUAAAGUUUGAAUGUUUGCUAAUUUGAGCCUACAAGCAAGAUAACUAAUCCCAAGUGAACUUUGACCCACUGCACAGGCUAGCUCUCAUUGGUCAAGGCUUGGACUGAGCCCUCACUCUGUUGUGUGCUGGAUCCAAUCAGAUUAAAGUUAGAUAAAAUAUACCCAGCGAUCUGUUUUAAACACUCAUAGACUCUCAACUGUAUGCAGGCAGCAUGAAUAGAGUGUGGGCCGUGUUCAGAUCCUAUCCAUACAUUAGCAAUGUGGUGGGCUAUACAACCCUGUUUGCCACUGCAGAUCUGAUUCAGCAAAGCAUGCUGGGAGGUACAGGUGGUCAAAGCACUCAGCUCAAUGGGGAAAUCUCUGAACAGGAGGCAGCAGUUACAUCCAGAGAGGAAGGUGCUGUGGCUCACCUCAAGGGCUCUGAAUGGAGCAAGCAUUCAGCAGGAGAAAAGGAUUCAUCAGUAACAGUGACAAAUGUUCCAGUGCACAGUGUUGAUUGGAGCCAGACUUUUCGAGUAGCAUUGGUGGGGUUAUGUUUUCAUUCCAACUUCAACUACCACUGGCUACGUGCAUUAGAGAAGAGGUUUCCUGGAGGAGGGGCCAAAAUAUUUGUGAAAGUCUUUCUGGAUCAAUUAGUUGCUGCUCCGGCAACAAUAAGUGCCUUUUAUAUAGGGUUGAGUACCUUAGAAGGGCGAGAUGACCCCUUGGAAGACUGGAAAAAUAAAUUCUGGACUUCCUACAAGACUGGGGUUGUCUACUGGUCCAUAAUGCAGGCCGUAAAUUUCUCUCUGGUCCCCCCGAUAGCACGCACAGUUUUUGUUGGAGGAAUCUCUCUCGGCUGGACUGUGUUUCUGUGUCAUUUUCGACAGCAGAAGAAUGAAUCUCACUCCAUUUGUACUUCAUAACAUUCACUAAUUGUGCACUAUGAAAUAAAAACUAGU